CACAGAACGAUAGACAAUAUCGACACAGAACGAUAGACAAUAUCGACACAGAACGAUAGACAAUAUCGACACAGAACGAUAGACAAUGUCGACACAGAACGAUAGACAAUAUCGACACAGAACGAUAGACAAUAUCGACACAGAACGAUAGACAAUAUCGACACAGAACGAUAGACAAUAUCGACACAGAACGAUAGACAAUAUCGACACAGAACGAUAGACAAUAUCGACACAGAACGAUAGACAAUAUCGACACAGAACGAUAGACAAUAUCGACACAGAACGAUAGACAAUAUCGACACAGAACGAUAGACAAUAUCGACACAGAACGAUAGACAAUAUCGACACAGAACGAUAGACAAUAUCGACACAGAACGAUAGACAAUAUCGACACAGAACGAUAGACAAUGUCGACACAGAACGAUAGACAAUGUCGACACAGAACGAUAGACAAUAUCAACACAGAACAAUAGACAAUAUCAACACAGAACAAUAGACAAUAUCGACACGAAACAAUAGACAAUAGACAAUAUCGUUAUUACACUAGACCAAUAGGUUAUUACACUAGACCAGUAGAAUGGAGGGAGAUCAUUAUAGAAUAGGUUAUUACACUAGACCAGUAGGUUAUUACACUAGACCAGUAGGUUAUUACACUAGACCAGUAGGUUAUUACACUAGACCAGUAGGUUAUUACACUAGACCAGUAGGUUAUUACACUAGACCAGUAGGUUAUUACACUAGACCAGUAGGUUAUUACACUAGACCAGUAGGUUAUUACACUAGACCAGUAGGUUAUUACACUAGACCAGUAGGUUAUUACACUAGACCAGUAGGUUGUUACACUAGACCAGUAGGUUAUUACACUAGACCAGUAGGUUAUUACACUAGACCAGUAGGUUAUUACACUAGACCAGUAGGUUAUUACACUAGACCAGUAAGUUAUUACACUAGACCAGUAGGUUGUUACACUAGACCAGUAGGUUAUUACAUUAGACCAGUAGGUUAUUACACUAGACCAGUAGGUUAUUACACUAGACCAGUAGGUUAUUACACUAGACCAGUAAGUUAUUACACUAGACCAGUAGGUUAUUACACUAGACCAGUAGGUUAUUACACUAGACCAGUAGGUUAUUACACUAGACCAGUAGGUUAUUACACUAGACCAGUAGGUUAUUACACUAGACCAGUAGGUUAUUACACUAGACCAGUAGGUUAUUACACUAGACCAGUAGGUUAUUACACUAGACCAGUAGGUUAUUACACUAGACCAGUAGGUUAUUACACUAGACCAGUAGGUUAUUACACUAGACCAGUAGGGUUCCCAUCCCAGUUAAGUCCAAGUCAAUGUGGGUUCCCAUCCCAGUUAAAUGGGUUCCCAUCCCAGUUAAGUCCAAGUCAAUGUGGGUUCCCAUCCCAGUUAAAUGGGUUCCCAUCCCAGUUAAGUCCAAGUCAAUGUGGGUUCCCAUCCCAGUUAAGUCCAAGUCAAUGUGGGUUCCCAUCCCAGUUAAGUCCAAGUUUGUUUGGCUGUUUAACUGUUAAACUCUGCUGCUACAGACUGUUGGAGGCCUUCUAAUGAAAACCAGCCCUCUUCAUUUCUAGAAAACCACAGUGUGUGUCUGUGUGUGGAGCAGAGGGGCUGUA